CAAGCAGUGCUGGGUGGAAACUGUAAUGCUCUCGUGGGUCUAUUCAGGCAUCAGAAUCUUCCCAAAAAGUUCAAUUCUAAUGAUCCUUGAAGCACUGUUCUGCAGAACUCGUGAUUCUACAUAACUCUUUGGGAGAAGUGAACUUCAACAAUCAUCAAGUCACUGAACUGAUGAAGGUUUCCUGUGCAAAGCCAAUCUGAUUGAUAAGAUGGAGACCUUUUGGGCAGGAAAUAUUAUAACACAAGGCGACAACACCCAAGCUGGACGUGAGCAGGAAACAUUUCCAUUCAUGGAUCAUCAGAGAACAGAAAUCAUACAGGAGGAAAUAAUAAUUAAACAGAGUGAUAUCAGAACAGAUAUCUGUGAAGGAAUUGGCUCAAAGGGUCCAUCCAUGGAGAAGAAGCAAACAGCAAUGAUCGAAGAUGUAUCAGAUAAACGCAAAGAAAUCUUUUUGCAAAGAAUUAGCUACUUGUCUGGUGAUAUGAGAGAAUUUGGUUACUGGAUGAAAGAAAAAAACAUCAUUUUUCAACUUAUUGACUGGAACCUCCGUGGAAUUGCUCAGGUGAUGUUUGUCAACAACCCACUCAGUGGGAUUAUUAUUUUGGCGGGACUGAUUGUACAAAAUCGAUGGUGGGCACUAAAUGGCUUCAUUGGAACAGUGUUCUCAACUGUGGCAGCAAUUUUGCUCAGUCAGAACAGAUCCGCAAUUGCAGCAGGGCUUUAUGGAUACAAUGGCACUCUGGUUGGUCUUUUGAUGGCUGUGUUUUGUGAUAAAGGAGAUUGGUAUUGGUGGUUAAUCGUGGCUGUAAUCUUCAUGUCAAUGAUAUGUCCUAUUAUUUCAAGUGCCUUGGCUGCUGUGAUGGGUAAAUGGGAUCUACCUGUAUUCACUCUGCCUUUUAAUAUAGCUGUCGGCUUGUUCAUGGCUGCAACAGGACAUUACAACCAGCAUUUUCCUCAAAUUUUUAUUGGACCUGUGACUUCGUCACAAAACAUUUCAUGGUCUGAUCUCAGUGUUUCAAUGCUUGUGAGAGCUAUCCCUGUUGGUGUUGGACAGGUGUACGGCUGCGACAAUCCGUGGACUGGUGGUAUUUUCCUUGUUGCAUUAAUUAUCUCAUCUCCAAUCAUAUGUCUCCAUGCUACAAUUGGAUCUACUGUGGGUAUACUGGCAGGAUUAACACUUGCUUCACCAUUCCAGAAAAUCUAUGAUGGAUUAUGGAGCUAUAAUUGUGUUCUGGCCUGUAUUGCAGUGGGAGGAAUGUUCUAUGCCCUUACAUGGCAAACACACCUUUUGGCAAUAAUAUGCUCACUCUUCUGCGCCUACUUAGGAGAAGCCCUCAUGAACAUAAUGUCUGUGGUUGGAUUGCCUGCAUGCACUCUGCCUUUCUGCCUCUCCACAGUUACAUUUCUGCUGAUGACAACCGAUAAUAAAGCCAUCUGUAAAGUCAGUCUAUCUGAAGUGACCUACCCCGAGAAGAACAUCAGAAUUUACCAAGAAAUGAAAAAAAAUGAACAAAGUAAAUGAAAAGAGUAUAAUUCAAACAGUGUUAAUGAGAAGAACUACUGAGUACAAGAGAAAUAUAUAUGCAAUGCUUCCCUUUUAAUUACACAUUGCCUAUUAUAUAACCUGCAUAUUGUAUAAAUGCCUCAAAUACCCUGAUAUUUUCCACAGAUGUAAUCUGUGCCAUAUAAAAGAAUAUAUUCAUAUUCUUGAUGCAUUUAUCAUUGCCCAUAUCAUUGAAUUGCUCCAAUUCUAACUACUGAUGUUCGAAGGUAAAUUAGAUGCCCGACAUUUGAGUAAAAUCCAUCCAUGUAUUUGCAGAAUUCAGUUUGACUGCUCCUUAAUGAGUUAGUAUAUUGAAAGAAAUUGGACUUCCAAACAAAACACAAAUAAAUAUACAUGGUGUCCCAAGGUACUUGACAGAGGUAGAAGCAAACAAAGAUGGGUUUGAAAAAGAGGAGUUAUCAGAAAGGUUUGGCUGAGACGGUGAGUUUUAAAAAGUACCUUCAAGCAAGGACAGGAGAUGGAGAUGCAGACCGAAUCUUGUCCCAAAAUGGACAGAAGGAUGAAACUGAAAUUGAAAACUAAUUGAGGUUGGAAGUGAGCAAAAUAUUAAGACAAGAUAAGGAUCCAGUGACUAUUUUUGAGACUUGCAUGGGAUGUAGAUUUUGCUGCCAACUCAGUAUUUGUUGCCCAUGUCUAAAUAACUUUAAACUAAAUGACUUGCUUGGCCAUUUCAGAGUUAAUCAUGUUUCUAUGGGUCUGGGGUCACAUAAAGGCUUGGAGAAAGUGAGGACUGCAGAUGCUAGAGAUCAGAAUCA